CGCUUGGACGUACCUCAGAAGGCGGCGGACGCUUUUAACUUUCUGAAAUGGGCAGACAACAUUUAUGUUUGAUUAUAUUUUAUUCUUUAAGUUUUGAAUUUUGUUUUGCGAGCAAUCGGUACAUUUAUCUAAGCUCACGAUCAGAAGGCCAGGCAAUCACAAGUCACCUUAUAAAGAGCAUGCAAACGUACUCCGAGAUUGGGUGUUCUCUGAUUUGUUUAAACAACGAAAGCUGCAAGGCAAUCUCUUUCGGAUGCAAAAGUAUGAAAGCCAAUGGAGGGGGAAUUUGUGAUCUUAUAUCAGAAGAUGGAGGGACACCCUACGCUGUGGCCGUAGAUCCAGCGAUGUGUACAAUGGCUGUCGUUGACCGAUAUCCCGAGGGUCCUUGGUCAAACGUCAAUCAACCAAUCAUGUCAUCAGUAACGACCGACGCCAUUACGUUAGUCAAUUUUCAACAAACAACGACCUCGACGAUGAGGGUGGUAGACAUGAUCGAUCUACAAAACAUGUGUUCCGGAUCUUCUCUGUGGGACUUAGCCGUCAUCACCACGGAGGCUGUUUAUUUCUAUGACGACAAGGAAUCUAUGACAUCCGGGUCUUGUAAAUCCGUGCCUUAUUCCACAAUGUUUUCUGGGUUUGCCGAUCUCCCUGACAUCACUCAUUGGAAAGUCGUUCUCGUCGUGUCUGAGACCUACGUAGAUGUUUAUACAGAUACCAAAGUGUUUCGCUGGGAAAUAAUAUCUCAGAGUCUUCAAGUUGUGUCGGGUUAUCCUAAAUUAAUAGCCGCGUACUUGAAUGAUAUUAAAGGAAGCGCAGUAUCAUACAUACCCACCGACCCGACAUGGGCAGUGCAUCGAGGAACUUUCCUUUCUUUGGACAUUUAUAUCUACGAAUCUAGCAAAAAUCAGUUUAACUUGUACACUGAUAAUCAACCAUGGGAAUUGAGUUUUGCACAAUCGGACACUACCCCCGUCAACCAGUUUGGCUGGCCCAUCAAUCCCUGGACACAUCUGCCACCUAACACUGUGGCGCUGACGGCACAAGACCACCAAGGGGUAGACUUUGUGGGAAUCACAAAUGAUUUUAACGUCAUCUUUUACGAAAUUAAGGAUCAAUAUCUAAUGUCAACUGACCCAAAUGUCACGAUCCAGAAGCUGGUGUUUUAGUUAACAAUAUGCAACUGUAUAUUUGUUCUAUAUGUCGUAAGCGACGACACGAGGUAUCGUUGAGCUGGUGAAAGCGAUGAUAUUAAGCCUCCGAGUUUACAACAGAACAACCGUUACGAUAUUUUGUAUGUACAUCAGUGAGCUAUUAAUCACAUAACUGAUUUAUUCUUUUAGCUCUCAGUUGAACAGUUAUAUGCGUAGUAUUUUGUUUGCUAUUAUAAAUUUGCAAAUUGUCUUUCUCGUUGUUAUGUGGGAGGAUGUAAAAAAGAAACUGCAUUCUCUUCAUUAUGCAACACAUUAAUAUGUAAUUAUUAAAAAAUUAAUGUUUUUUCUUGCAAUUAUCAAUACUAGACCAUAACUUCAAAAUUCUUUGACAGAGAGACUUAAAACAAAGUUUGAUGAUCUAGCGAAAAAGUGAACCAAACCCAACUUUUUGACCUUGACCUAUUUGGAUCUCGGGGUCAAUAAUCAUGAAAAUAUUCCUUACAAUAAUGACUUGUAUCAUAUAUUGAUGAUAUAUAACAUCAUUUUUUUUCACUUAAAAAAUUUGUCCCAUAUUACAAUCUUUGGAAAGAAGGGGAGACGUGUUUUUUUUGGUGAUAAAAAAACAAUACCC